AUGCGCCAUGUAGACAACCCAGACAAAACUUUCCCUGCGAUCGGUGCAUCUCUGCACGUCAGCGAAGACUUUCGGUCUGUGAACUGCAUGGCUAUAGUAGAGAGUUGGAUGAGAGAAUGCGUCCAGAACCAUUCAUUGUGCCAGCCUGAUGGCGAGGAGCCUCUCCCCAAGAGAGUGGUAGAUGUUGGACCCCAGGAUGCCUCCAGAGCCCCAGCUCUUUACGUGAGCCAAGGCGAGAUCGAACCGUACGCCGCAUUGAGCCAUUGCUGGGGCAAGAGUAACCUGCUCAGAACCACGACAGCUACCCUAGCAUCCAGAACUCAAGGCAUCAAAUGGUCAGAGCUAUCCACCACGUUCCAAGAAGCUAUCCUUGUCACUAGAGACCUGGGCCUUCGCUAUCUUUGGAUCGACUCGCUCUGCAUUGUACAGGAUGACGCAGCUGACUGGCAAAGAGCAAGCCAUGAGAAUGGGAGAUAUCUAUGCCUCAGCUCGCGUCACUAUUUCAGCUACUGGCUCGUCCGACGGAUCGGGUGGCUUGUUGAGAACACUGGGAACAUGGAGCUCUGGGGAGUUUCAGCCUGGAUUGGGGACAAAUAUUUUGCACGAGUUGAACUCGAGAAGGAGGCAUUUACCAAAGGCACCGUGGAAGCUCGUGACGGCUCGCUUGGAUAUCCAUUGCUCACCAGAGCAUGGUGUUUUCAGGAACGUAUACUCUCAGCACGAGUGCUACACUAUACACCUGGUGGCAUCUUCUACGAGUGUAGGACAGGCUCUCGGUGUGAAACCCGUCUCGGCUCUGAACCAAGUUUGAAGGAUGUGUAUGCACAUGAAUUACAAAAGUCCAAGACGGGGGUACUUGAGGAUCGAUUGCGUGCGUGGGGAACUAUGCUGGAGGACUACACCACCAAAAUGUUUACCUUCCAGAUAGACACCCUCCCAGUCUUGUCCUCGGUGGCGCGACAAUUUGCAGGAGAGGGAAUGGGCCGAUAUCUGGCUGGUUUGUGGGAAGAGGGGCUUAUUUCCAGCCUGCUUUGGGAGUCCAGACUUGAUGCAGACCCGGAUUUCGGCGCCUCCAGGGGCAAUGCCAUUGACCUCUCCAGGCCCGGUUACUUUAUUGCCCCGACCUUCUCUUGGGCUUCUCGUGUCGGUCCCGUCAAGACUCUCAACCAAAUGAACACAAAUUGGAUACCGCGCGCUUCCAUCUUGGACGCAGAAUGCAAGCCUUGCGGAACCGACCCAUACGGCCUGGUUUCUGGGGGACAUGUCAAGAUCCGUGGUCGCCUCUUAGAAGCCUCGUUUCACUCCAAUUCGGAAAGCCCUGAUCCUAGGUGUCACAUUGUGAUUCCUGGGUUGCCCAUGCUCGAUAUCACUGUGGACAGUGAGCAGGACGCACAACUUGAAGUAGGUGCAAAGGUGUACUGUCUCCAGUUAGUCGAGUUUCCUGAGCGACAAUUUGGCAAUUGGUUUGAUGCUGUUGAAAACGCUUUCUCCACGCUCCAUGUUUCGGAGCGCGGCGGUCCAGCAGAGCGCGAAUGGCGCGCAGAUGUUGGAGGUCACGACCACGUCGAAAUACAGUAUCGUGGUCGGUGGGCUCCCGGAUAUCGUUCUCCUAUCCGUCGCCGGAGUAGUUCCAUGUUAAGGCAUAGAUACAAGGCCGACAUCGAAGCGGGACUACUACCACCUGCGGCGUUUUGA